AUAGUGGCGGCCGCACCACCCCUUCUUAACAAUCAUAAGGUUAACCACGAGAGCAUACCCAUCAACGCAAUUAAAACCAAUAUCAGUUUUAUCUGUUGGAGCAAUAAAAAAGUAAUCAUAUGUGAUUGAACAUCAGUUUUGAGAUGGAAUCCUGAAGUUUGAUCAUUUCAGAAGGGCAUUGUGGGAUUCUUUGAUUUGUUAAUUCAUGACGCCAAAGAGUACUGCCGUUUUACAGCAGAGACGACUCGAUUUAAGGCCCAGACAGGUAAGUUGCGAGCCCUUUUAAAACGGUACCUUUCAGCAAUUAACGGCUCUGAAUUGCUGGCCCGAAAAGAAGUCUCGCUCAAACAAGCUUGACCCCACACCAAAGAAGAUUGAAGUGCUUGUUUCAUCAUCACUCUUCUUCUACUUCGCUAUAUGUAUAUCAGCUAAAACUUAUUUCCACAUAGCAACUUCACUUUCAACUUGUUUUUCGUUCCCUGUUCAUUUCUUCUUCUGUAGGUCAAACACUGCUAGCAGCCUGCAGGUUGAAAUAUACAGCUUACAGUAUUGUACGUUUCCUUCAGUGAAGAAUGAAAUAAAGCUAUGAAGAUGGUUUCUAAAGAUUGUUGCUGUAUGGGGAGUUCAUCUAUGGUUAUUUGGUUCUCUUUCUUGUUGUUUCUAUUACUGCAAAUCGAAGGAUCUUUAUCAGCUUCCAACUAUUUGGUUGGCCUUGGAAGCUAUGACAUAACGGGGCCUGCUGCUGAUGUUAAUAUGAUGGGAUAUGCAAAUACAGAACAAAUUGCAUCAGGAAUUCAUUUUAGAUUACGUGCUCGGGCCUUUAUCGUGGCUGAACCUCAUGGGAACCGUGUAGUAUUUGUGAAUCUCGAUGCCUGUAUGGCCUCACAAAUUGUUACAAUUAAAGUACUUGAGAGAUUAAAAGCAAGGUAUGGUGAGCUUUACACAGAGAAGAAUGUUGCCAUUAGUGGCAUUCAUACGCAUGCUGGCCCUGGGGGCUACCUCCAAUAUGUUGUAUAUAUUGUAACUUCUCUUGGAUUUGUAAGACAGUCCUUUGAUGUCAUUGUUGAUGGGAUUGAGAAAAGCAUUAUACAAGCUCAUGAAAAUCUCCGUCCGAGUUCUAUUUUGAUAAAUAAAGGGGAACUCUUGGAUGCUGGUAUAAAUCGUAGUCCAAGCUCUUAUCUGAAUAAUCCAGCAGAUGAACAGAGUAAAUAUAAGUAUAAUGUUGAUAAAGAAAUGACACUGAUAAAGUUUGUUGAUGAAGAGUGGGGUCCCAUAGGGAGCUUCAACUGGUUUGCAACCCAUGGAACGUCUAUGAGUCGUACAAACUCAUUGAUCAGUGGUGACAACAAGGGUGCUGCAGCACGAUUUAUGGAAGAUUGGUUUGAACAGACUGGUUUUAUGACAGAUUUUCGUAGCUGGCCUUUCAAUAACUCUGCAACUGAUGGAAUCCCUCGUAGAGUUUCAAGCCUUGUCCCUAACCUUCAUGAUAAACAACCAGGUAAUGAGCUGAUAGAACUUGCUGCUUCAUUUAAAUCUUCUCAAGGACGGCCUGCUGCAAGAUUUCUGAGUGUUGCAAGACGGGUCAGGAAUGCCUUAAGGCAGGCAGAUAGACCCCAGUUUGUAUCUGCAUUCUGUCAAUCAAAUUGUGGUGAUGUCAGUCCAAAUACUCUCGGUGCAUUUUGCAUAGACACUGGACUGCCUUGUGAUUUCAAUCACAGCACCUGCAAUGGGAAGAAUGAACUGUGCUAUGGCCGGGGCCCAGGCUACCCUGAUGAAUUUAAGAGUACUGAGAUUAUUGGGAAAAGGCAAUUCAAAAAAGCCGUGGAACUUUUUAACAAAGCAACUGAAAAGUUGAAAGGAAAGGUUGGGUAUCAACAUGCCUAUCUGGAUUUCUCUAACCUUGAGGUCUCAGUUCCUAAAAUGGGAGGAGGGAGUGCAGUGGUGAAAACAUGUCCUGCUGCUAUGGGAUUUGCUUUUGCUGCAGGAACAACUGAUGGGCCUGGAGCUUUUGAUUUCACACAAGGAGAUGAUAAAGGGAAUGCCUUUUGGAGAUUGGUGAGGAACUUGCUGAAAACACCAAAUCAAGAACAGAUCAAUUGUCAGAAACCUAAGCCUAUUUUGCUUGAUACUGGUGAAAUGAAGCAACCAUAUGACUGGGCACCCUCAAUACUUCCAGUUCAAAUUUUGCGGAUAGGCCAACUUGUCAUUCUCAGUGUACCUGCAGAAUUCACAACCAUGGCUGGCAGGCGCCUUCGAGAUGCUGUUAAGACAGUGCUUACUUCUGGAAGCAAUAGGCAAUUUGACAGCAAUGUCCAUAUUGUCAUUGCAGGGCUGACAAAUACUUAUUCCCAAUAUGUUACCACCUUUGAGGAGUAUGAGGUGCAGAGAUAUGAGGGAGCCUCCACUUUGUAUGGUCCACACACGCUUAAUGCCUAUAUGCAGGAGUUCAGGAAACUGGCAACAGCUCUUAUCAGUGGUGCAUCUGUUGAACCAGGUCCACAACCACCAGAUCUUCUUGACAAGCAGAUUAGCUUACUACUACCAGUUGUCCUGGAUGCAACCCCUCCUCUUGUGAAUUUCGGGGAUGUUAAGGAUGAUGUCCCUUUUAAUACCAUCUUCAAGCAGGGUGAUAUUGUCUCAGUCACCUUCUGGUCUGCUUGCCCUAGGAAUGACCUCAUGACUGAGGGCACAUUUGCAGUGGUUGAAUACCUUCAAGAUCAGAGGACAUGGAUCCCAGCAUAUGACGAUGAUGAUUUUUGCUUACGGUUCAAGUGGUCCAGGCCUGCAAAACUAAGUUCUCAGAGUUAUGCAACCAUAGAGUGGUGGAUCCCAGAAUCAGUUGUCUCUGGUGUUUACAGGAUAAGACAUUUUGGUGCUUCGAAAUCACUCCUUGGCUCAGUUCGCCAUUUUACAGGUUUUUCAAGUGCCUUCGUAGUGGAAUAGCCAGCCAAAAUAUCAUAAAAUUCAUGAAUAUAACUGAUUCAAUUAUUAUAAGAAUACAGAAAGUAGUUAUUUCUCCAGCACAAGCACACUGUGACAUAGACUACAGCUUUGCAUCACACAGCCAGAAAUGGAAAUGAAAGAACUGUUCAGUUAUAUUUAUAUCACACAGCCAGAAAUGUAGCACAGAAAUUCUUGGGAAUAUGC